AUGAGUAAGAGGUUGUCACCUGCGAUCCGUCGCCCUCUCAGUAAUUAUGAAAUCUUGUUGUCUGCCCUUUUUGUCGUUUUUGCGCUUUUCAGCAUCGGGUUACUGGCGGUUUCGUGGUUGGCCGUCCGUGAUGCGGAAACGGAAUCCGGUAAUAGCCACGGAACCAGGGGAACCUUCAAGAUAGUGUCAGGGGCGUCUUUCAGCUCAGGCUUACGAGAAAAUUCAUCGGCCGACUUCAAGAUCCUGGCAUUUGACGUCCAGCAAAUGAUAGAUGAAAUCUUUCAAGCAAGCCACCUGAAGAAUGAGUUCAAAACCUCUAAAGUUCUACAGUUCAGGAACGGGAGCGUGAUGGUCGACUUUGACCUUUUCUUCUCCCAGCGGGUGUCCAAUGGAAACGCCAAAGAUGUGCUAGUUCAAGGCAUAGAGACCAAUAGUUCGAGCCUUUUACUGACCCUUCGAGUGGAUCCAAGCAGUGUGACCAUCCUAGGACCUGAAGGCCUCCCCACAAUCAAUCCUCAGGUAACACCAGGCAUCAACUCUUCUGUGUGCUCCCCCGGGACCAAGCUGUGUGCCAGCGGCAAGGACUGUAUCCCUCGGGAAUUCCUCUGCGAUGGCUUCCCGGACUGUCCCGACGCCUCAGAUGAAGACCCCCGGGAUUGCGCUACCGUUUGUGAUGGCAAAUUUCUGCUGACUGGUCCCUCCGGGAAUUUCCACUCAAUGAAUUACCCGAAGCCUUACAACUCAAACAUCGUGUGCCAGUGGGUUAUACGGGUGAAUCGAGGAUCCGCCAUUCAGCUGAACUUCACCUCUUUCGACACCCAGGAUUACACGGACGUGCUCGAUAUUUACGAAGGGACAAGACAAAGCAAGUUCCUCCGAGUGUCCCUCUGGGGAACGGACCCCGGAACUUUCCGCGUCUUUUCGCACGAAGCCACCGUAGAGUUCACGGCAAACUUUGACGAAAACUACCACACGGGCUUCCACGCGAUGUACACGGCGUUUAGCGUCGACAGGCUGAGCGAUGGUGAAAAAAUCAACUGUGAUUUUGAGGAUGGCUUCUGUUACUGGAUCCAAGAUCUCCAAGAUGAAGACGAAUGGGAGAGGAUUCAGGGAUACACCUUCCCUCCGCAGACUGGACCAAGUUUCGAUCACACUUUGGGCAAUUCAUCAGGGUUUUAUAUUUCUACGCCCACCGGACCUGGAGGCAGACAAGGGAGAGUCCGGCUUUUAAGUCUCCCUUUGGUGCCCGCCUCGGGUCCUGUGUGUUUCAGCUUCUGGUAUCAUAUGUAUGGGGAUGCUGUAUAUCGUUUGAGCGUUAAUAUCAGCAACGAACACAAUGGUGAAAAGACCGUUUUCCAGAAGGAAGGCAAUUAUGGGGACAACUGGAAUUAUGGCCAAGUCACGUUGAAUGAAACCAUUCCAUUUCAGGUGGCCUUUGACGCCUACAAGAACCGUGGACUGAGCGACAUAGCAUUGGACGACCUCAGCCUGGCCUCCGGAAGCUGCGAUGCCAGCCCGUAUCCGGAGCCCACGCCCAUCCCAACCACGACGGCAGCUCCGGAGUUUCCCACCGACUGCGGAGGGCCCGUAGGACUCUGGGAGCCCAAUUCAACCUUCAGCUCGAUGAAUUACCCGAACAUCUACCCCAAUCAAGCUUUCUGUAUCUGGUAUUUACAUGCGGAAGAAGGGAAGAAUAUUCAACUUCACUUUCAAACGUUUGACUUAGAGAAUGUCGUGGAUGUGGUCGAAAUCAGAGAUGGCAGCGGAGAGGACUCACAGCUUCUAGCCGUGUACACGGGGCCUGGGCCCAUGCAGGACGUCUACUCCAUCACCAACACGAUGACCGUCCUCCUCAUCACCGACAAGACUGUGGGGAAAAGUGGCUUCCUGGCCAACUUCACCAGUGGCUUCCUUCUGGGGAUGGCAGAACCGUGCCAAGGAGGAGGUUUCAGAUGUGGCAGCGGAGAAUGCAUCGCAGCCGGGCACCUCUGCGACCGACACCGACACUGCCGAGAUGGCUCGGACGAAGCCGAGUGCGUGCGUCUGCUCAACGGCUCUCUCAGCAACAACGGGCUCGUCCAGUUUCGGGUCGAAAGGGAAUGGAGGACAGCUUGUGCGGAGAACUGGAGCCCCAGCGUUUCCAGUGAAGUUUGCCAGCUGUUGAGCCUGGGGCAUAUGAACACAUCCCAAUCCGUCUUAUCAACGGGAAAUGGAUCAUUUGUGAUGCUAAGCCCAGCUCCAAAUGGCAGCUUAAUACUGAUACGCAGGAAUCAGUGCCCCGGAGACCAGCUAAUUCAUCUGCAGUGCAAUUACCUCCCCUGUGGACGGAAGAUGGUAACCGAAGAAGCCGGGCCCAAGAUCGUCGGUGGAGUGGACGCCCGUGAGGGAGAGUGGCCGUGGGUAGUGGCACUCUUCUACAAUGGGCGUUUCUCCUGCGGCGCUUCCCUCGUGAACCAGGAGUGGCUCGUGUCUGCGGCGCACUGCGUGUACGGGAGGAAUUUAAUCCCUUCCCAGUGGCAGGCUUUCCUCGGGCUCCGCAGCAUGCUGAGCCUCACAUCUCCUCACACCGUCCGACGGACAGUUGACCGGAUCGUCAUCCAUCCUCUCUACAACAAGCGGACCAAGGACGCUGACAUUGCCAUGAUGCGGUUUCACCUCCGAGUGAAUUACACAGAUUACAUCCAGCCCAUCUGUUUACCGGAGGCCAGUCAACCGUUUCCCCCUGGGAUCGACUGCACCAUCGCCGGAUGGGGGAAAACUUCUCAGGGUUCAACCGCCACCAUUUUACAAGAAGCCACGAUCCCCCUGAUCUCCAAUGAACAAUGCCAGCAGUGGAUGUCGGAAUACAACAUCACCGCCAAGAUGAUGUGCGGCGGCUAUGAGGAAGGAGGGGUAGAUUCCUGCCAGGGGGACUCGGGCGGACCGCUGGCCAGGCGAGAGGGCGGCCGCUGGCUCCUGGUGGGCGUGACCUCCUUUGGCUACCAGUGCGCCCUGCCCCGUCGUCCGGGAGUCUAUGCCCGCACCACCAUGUUCACCCACUGGAUCCGCCAUUUCCUGCGCUAG